AUGGGCCUCCUGGGCUCUGCCGAGCUGCACCCCAGCCCUGCUUACCGGGUGAUUACUCUGGAAGGCUGGGUGGAGAUCAUGUACUAUGUGAUGGAUGCUCAUUCCUUCUACAACUUCAUCUAUUUUAUCCUGCUUAUCAUAGUGGGCUCCUUCUUCAUGAUCAACCUGUGCCUCGUUGUCAUAGCGACCCAGUUCUCGGAGACCAAGCAGCGGGAGCACCGGCUGAUGCUGGAGCAGCGGAAGCGCUACCUGUCCUCCAGCACGGUGGCUAGCUACGCGGAGCCCGGCGACUGCUACGAGGAGAUCUUCCAGUACGUCUGCCACAUCCUGCGCAAGGCCAGGCGCCGGGCCCUGGGCCUCUACCAGGCCCUGCAGAGCCGGCGCCAGGCCCCAGCCCCGGGGGCGCCCACCCCUGCCAAGCCCGGGCCCCACGCCAAGGAGCCCAGGCGCUACAAGCUGUGCCCUCAACACAGUCCCCUGGACCCGACGCCCCACACGCUGGUGCAGCCCAUCUCCACCAUGCUGGCCUCCGACCCGGCCAGUUGCCCCCGCUGCCGGCAUGGGGCGAGCCGGCGGCCCUCGGGCCCGGGCAGCACCGACUCGGGCCAGGAGGGCUCGGGCUCUGGUGGCUCAGGUGGUGGCUCGGAGGAGGCCGAUGGGGACGGAGCCCGGAGCAGCGACGAUGGGGCCUCGUCAGGGCUCGGGAAGGAGGACGAGGAGGAGCAGGCAGACGGGGCCACCCGGCUGUGCGGGGAUGUGUGGCGGGAGACUCGAGCCAAGCUCCGAGGCAUUGUGGACAGCAAGUACUUCAACCGGGGCAUCAUGAUGGCCAUCCUGGUCAACACCGUCAGCAUGGGCAUCGAGCACCACGAGCAGCCCGAGGAGCUGACCAACAUCCUGGAGAUCUGCAACGUGGUCUUCACCAGCAUGUUCGCCCUGGAGAUGCUCCUGAAGCUGGCCGCCUUUGGGCUCUUUGACUACCUGCGCAACCCUUACAACAUCUUUGACAGCAUCAUUGUUAUCAUCAGCAUCUGGGAGAUUGUGGGGCAGGCGGACGGCGGCCUGUCGGUGUUGCGGACCUUCCGGCUGUUGCGGGUGCUGAAGCUGGUGCGCUUCAUGCCCGCACUGCGGCGCCAGUUGGUGGUGCUCAUGAAGACCAUGGACAACGUGGCCACCUUCUGCAUGCUGCUCAUGCUCUUCAUCUUCAUCUUCAGCAUCCUUGGGAUGCACAUCUUUGGCUGCAAAUUCAGCCUCCGCACAGACACGGGAGACACCGUCCCCGACAGGAAGAACUUUGACUCCCUGCUCUGGGCCAUUGUCACGGUGUUCCAGAUCCUCACCCAGGAGGACUGGAACGUUGUCCUCUACAAUGGCAUGGCCUCCACCUCCCCUUGGGCCUCCCUCUACUUUGUCGCCCUCAUGACCUUCGGCAACUAUGUGCUCUUCAACCUCCUGGUGGCCAUCCUGGUGGAGGGCUUCCAGGCAGAGGGUGACGCCAAUCGCUCCUACUCGGACGAGGACCAGAGCUCAUCCAACAUGGAGGAGUUUGACAAGCUUCAGGAGGGCCUGGAUGGCGGUGGAGAUCCCAAGCUCUGCCCAAUCCCCAUGACCCCCAAUGGGCACCUGGACCCCAAUCUCCCGCUGGGUGGACAUCUGGGCCCCGCCGCGGCUGCAGCACCCGCCCCCCGCCUCUCGCUGCAGCCGGACCCGGUCCUGGUGGCCCUGGGCUCUCGCAAGAGCAGUGUCAUGUCACUGGGCAGGAUGAGCUAUGACCAACGCUCACUGUCCAGCUCCCGGAGCUCCUACUACGGACCGUGGGCCCGCAGCGGGGCCUGGGCCAGUCGCCGCUCCAGCUGGAACAGCCUGAAGCACAAGCCACUGUCGGCCGAGCACGAGUCCCUGCUCUCGGCGGAGCGCGGCGCAGUGCGGAUGGUGGGCCGCUGUGCGGAUACCAAGGUGAUGCCCGAGCCCUGA